AUGCUAACUCUAUUUCUAACAGUUGUAAAACUCAAUUACGAGGCAGAGAGGUUUGACCACAGAGUUGAGAACGUAGAGCACAGAAGUGGACACGAUAUCAUUACAGGUACAAUCAAGGAGAAGAAACAUUCAAAUGAUUUUGACACAAACAAGUUUAUAAUGGAUGCACUCAAACCAGAUGAUUUGAGUAGAAGAGAUCUGUUUCUGAUUUACGUGUAUUACGAUAGAAACAACUUCAACUGUGCCAACUGUAAGUAUUUUAGGACAUUUCUGACUGAAAUUAGGAUGAACAUGAAAUUCAUCAAUUUUGGAUCAAAUGUCUUCCUGGGAAGCAAGUUCAAUUCGUACAUUUUUCCUGCAUUCAUAAUUCGAAGCAGAGACAAAAGCUACAGAAUCAACAGAAUUCAAGAUGGAGACGAUUUGGUUGGAAUGGUGAACAGAAUUGCAGCAGAUGAAACAGAAUUGACCAACCUGGUUUUUUCUGGUCACAUUGUUCCAUUUUCCAGUAGAAUGGAAAUUGGUUCAUUCUGUAACACGUUCAUCUGCUACAUGAAUGUUCUCAUCUUCUGGUUCAUUGAUCUCUGCUACCUGUGUAUGUAUGUUGUUCCAGACUGGUUUGUGAAUGCCAUUCUGAUUGGUGUGAUUAUUUACCUGAUUUAUUCAAUUGUGAGUAUGUUUGUGUCAAAAGAAGUAGUCAAAGAUGAUAGAUCCAAAUCAAAGCAGGAAUAG